CCCCUCCCGCCACUCUCAUGAUUUGAAGUCACUAACGCGCUCAUUAUCCUGACAUAUAGACCGAGAUGGCCCUCAGCUCGUCUCCGCGCAAGCUACAAAUUCCGCUCUCCACCGGCGACGAGACGAGAAACGACGGGUCCAGCUCCUUCGGUGUGACGAAGCGUGCAUUCUUCUGCGGGGUAGUCAUUGAGGGUUCGGAGAAUGGGAGAAGACUGCCCGAUGACGUGCAGGACCUUGUGCUAUCCCUCGGCGACCCGCUAGAGUCUGACGGAGCGGACGCGGGAUUCCUGGACCCAUCUCGUUCAUCUCAGAGCAAUCAGGAUCACUACCAGCGAAAGCGCGCUAUGACCGACACAUCCGCCCUCGCCGCCGACAUACGCGAACUCGUCACCACAGAGCGCAACUACGUAGAACGCCUCCGCACCCUGAAGCAUUCGUACGCCGACCCCCUCAGGAGCUUCUCGCGCGACAAGAACACGUCCCUCCUCCCCGCGUACGAGGCGAAAGUCCUGUUCGGCAAUGUGGAUAACCUCAUCCCCGUUAAUGAGGCGUUCCUCACGGAUCUGGAGAAGAUGAUGGCUCCCAACGGCGCGAAGACAGUUGGAGGCGUCGGGGACGUGGCUCUGCGGCACUUCAAGGAGCUUCGGGGCUUUGAACUGUACAAGCAGUACUAUGCGAAGCGCGAGGAGGCGCAGGCCAUCUUUGAGCGCGAAGUGUCAAAGAAGUCCUCGCAGUUCGUACAGUUCAUAGAGAGGAUUAAGUACGAACCCGCUGAUACCUCGCGCAAUCGCGUUGGUCUGAGGGAGCUGCUCAUAGACCCUGUGCAACGCAUCCCCCGCUACACAUUGCUCUUCAGGAACAUGAUCAAGCACAUGGCGCCUGACGACCCCCAGCGCGACAAGCUCAUCGAGGCGGACGAGAUUGCUAGCAAGAUCGCGCAGGCCGAAGCGGACGAGCAGACGAAACGUGCUGCCGUCUUCUACUGCCUCAGCACCAGCAUCGAGGGCUUUCCCGCCGACCUGCACUCCAUCUCGCGUCGAUUUAUAGACUGUAUUGACGUUGAGGACAUCAUCACUGACGGUCUUAUGUCUGCGAGCGCGUCGACCACAAGCCUGGGGACAUCGCUUAACUGCACACUUUUCCUCUUCGACGACAAGAUGGUCAUAGUCAAGCGUCCACACGACAAGUCUGGCAAGGCUCUGUCAGGUCUCGAUGCCGUCGACAAGGUCACCAAAGGCGCCAGCUUACCCACAAAGCGGCGGAGUGGAAUGUCGUGCAAGGGUGUCGUCGACAUCGCCGACGUCGUCGCCACGGAUAUCGGAGGCGCAGACAUCAACAUGUACUUCGAGAAUCCGCCGCGGGAUCAGAGCGAUCGCUGGUCUGGCCGACCUUUCCGUGCGCUCUCCGUCGUGCAUCCUCCGCAUCCCAUCAAUCUCGAUCCUCCGAAGACGCAGGCGGACAAGCAGCGGUUUCUAGAAAACUUAUGGCUUGUGCAGGCGAAGUACAGGGCGAGAGUUGGGCAGUCGGUUGUUCUCUGCUCUGAAGCGAAAGAGGUGGAGGCUCGCGGAGGCCGUUCGGUUGUCGCCAGGACAUUCUACAAUGUCUAUCAGCGGAAAGCUUUCUUGCAGGAACCCAAGAAGACCAAGGCAGUCGUACAUGUCGAUGCUUCAGGGAGCGCCGACAAUAUCCCAUUCGGGGUGGGCGGCCCACCCUUCGUUUGCAUCCGUCUUCAACCCAUGGCGGGCGAACUAUGCCGCAUGCGUAUCACAUCCAGCAGCGAAGACACCGACGGAGAGGAGGACGAGGUUCUACAAGCUAACCGCGUCUCUGCCCGCGUCGUGCAGACGAUCCACCAAUACGGCCUCUUCGACUUCCGUUCCGGCCGCAACUCCAUGCCCAGCACACCCACGGCGAAGUCGAAAGCGUCGCUCUUCAAUUUGGAUGCGCUUUCUAGGAGGCUCCCCGGCGACUUCUUCGUGGGCUCUGUCAACGGGCACAGGCGAGCGAAGUCGUCGACGAGGAGUCGGAAUACUAUCACGUCACACAGCACAGGGCACACCCAGAGCACGAGCACGGGUGACAGUUUCGCGUUCUCGAAUCGGUCCGAAUCAACUGCGGCGACGUCUGUCGAGGACGGAUCCAUGCGCGCGGGCAAGACCUCACGGUCGUCGAGGUCGCGCAAGCUGCGGAAGUCGCCGCUGAAGACAUCGGAGGGCGGCGAGCCGUUGCGGAGCUCUUCGCGGCAGAGUUCGUUGGGUUCGCGCUCGCGAUCAACGUCGAGAGGGCCCGAUACGGAUUAUAGUGAUAUGGAGGAGGAUGACAGGACGCAGGAGCUGGACUCGUCGGAGUGGGACUUGCAGAUGAAGCUCGAGCUUGCGCGCAAGAACAGCCAGACGCAACAUGGGAAGCCGCUCCCUGCGCUCGACCUCGACGCGAAUAUAGAUGACACGAUUCUGGAGGAGGAGCCACCGCAACCUCUUCGACCUUUGUCAAGGGCUUCACGAGAUAACCGCUCGAUUUUGUCGAAGCCAGAGUCUGAGCUAACAGUGACCGAUGCGCCCCUUCUGCGCCCUGACUCACGACUAUCUGACCGACCACGCGGGCCUCGCAGUCCAUCCCCUCGACCACCCUCACGCUCACCCGAGCCUCGCAUGCGUACACCAGAGCCACCACGGAUGCGGACGCCUGAGCCUUCCACGGCGCCCGUGCUACCGUCCUUCGACGAAGAGUUGGCUCGGGAAACGCCAAGGCCGCCGCCACCGGCGUCUCAGCUUCCGCAACUGUCCAGAGGCCUCACCCGCAGCUCUCGCAUACCCUUCUUCCCAACAGCAGCGAGUGAUGCGACACCACGGCCAUUAUCCAUAGUAUCACAACAUACUGGCCCUGUCGAGCCGCUGUCUAUCAAAAAGAAGGCAUCGACGGGCCCGGGAUCGGUGUCGAGUUCGCUGUCGAGCUCGCCGGUACGCCGCUCGCAGGAAUCGCCGACGAGGUCUUCUUCGCGGGAUGACCUGCCGAGAGUGUUGUCGCCAUUGCCCUUCACCAAUGGCUUCAACAAGGGCAAGGCUAGGUCGCGGGAUGGUUCUCCUGAUGCGGACCGUUUACAACGGCUCGCUGAGUCCACUCGAGAAGACAUCGAUUCUGCUCGCAGAGUAGUGAAGCGCAUCAAGCUGGAGGUGGAAGGUCUGCGUACAGCAGGCGAACCUACUACGCCCAUAUCACGGCCAGCCUCGCCCGACAAGACUUUGCGCACACCGCAGCGGACCACUCCGUUGACCAAAGAAGCUCAGCAGCGAAUGGAAGAAAUGCGACAGCUCUUGGGCCAGCGCGAUAACACGCCUCGAAGUCAUUUGCGAAGUGUCGCUUUACGAGCAACGCAGUCCAUGGACGCCGGCGGCCCAGGUCGUGCAACUAUGGAUACCAGCAUCGUUGGUCGGUCGUUAGAAAACAUGGCCAACGAGCUAGAUGAUACGCUGUCGCGAGCAGCAAGGUCCGCCGAUGCGAUGCAGGAAGACAUCGACGAGCUACAGGCAACCCUGCAGGAGAAAUCCGAGGCCCUCGAGAAGAGUCAAGAAGAAGUCAAGAGCGUCAAACGCCAGACGGAGGUCAUCAAAAGUCUUCUCAACGAUAAGACGGCGGAGACGGAGAUCCUCUAUCAAACCUUCAACGAGGAGCUGGAUGGCAUGUACCAGGACGUCCAGUUGCCUGACGAGGAGGCCUGGGCCGCAAUGGCCAAAGACUUGCGAGAAACCAAGAAGGCUCGGAAUAACCUCACGGCCGAAAAUUCUACUCUGAAGCGUCGGCUAGCCGAAAUGGAAAUGCAGCAGGAAGAGUGGGCUACCCUCUUACGUGCGCACGGCCUGAUACCAUGAUACUAUUCAUUCAUCUACGCAUCUAUCUCCAUUACAUAGAAUCGUGUCCCGCGUAUAUAUGCGUUCUAAUUGUGGCUACUACGUUAAGUUAUGCAUCGGCGGUCAUGGCAGCGGAACGCGAGGAUGAGCUCAGGGAACAACGGCUAGUACACUAACAAAAGAGGAGGUAGAAGAACAGCGAAGAAAUGGGUGGGAGGGGGUAUGGUACACACAAAAAGCAAA